AUGCAGCGCGCCAUUCGGUGGCUUAGAGAGGGGGCCCCCCCCGAUGCGGAGGCCCUAUACACAGACACUCCAUCGCCAAGAAAAACAAAAAAACGCAUGCAGCUGCAGCAGCAGCAGCAGCAGCAGCAGCAACAGCAGCCGGAGCAGCUGCAGCAGCAGCAGCAGCAGCAGCAACAGCAGCCGGAGCAGCAGCAGCAGCAGCAGCAGCAGCAGGAGCUACAGCAACGGGAGGAAGAAACUCGUGCUCCUGAGUCACAGCAGCACUUAUCUGAAUGCCAUCAGCAGCAACAGCAGCAGCCGCAGCAGCAACAACAGCAGCAACAGCAACAGCAGCAGGAGCAGCAGCAGGAGCAGCAGCAGGCAGCAGCAGCAGCAGCAGCAGCAACAGCAGCCGGAGCAGCAGCAGCAGCAGCAGCAGCAGCAGGAGCUGCAGCAGCGGGAGGAAGCGACUCGUGCUCCUGA